UCCCAUUUCUGGACCACAACUCUUUCUAUGACCUAUGACGUAGAACAACAGAACCACAUUUUCUUACGAACUUGACGGAUUUUUGCAAAAUGUCAAAGUUGAUGUCAGAUCAAUCAGCUGAUUGUUAAUUAAAAUGGCGAGUUACAUAUAUAGUAGUGAUAAAAAACAUAUAUUUUAAGUGAAAUCCGUCCCCCGCGAGCCAAAUUAUAUCAGGAAACUAGAAUGCCUGGCACAAGUCUUGUAGUGCCAGUGGUGCUGUGGGGCAAGUUUGCCCCAACACACUGUAUUUCAUGUGUUUACUUAUCCAAAGACCUUAAGACUCUAGCAACCGGAUGUUAUGAUGGACAAAUAUGCUUAUGGCAAGUCGACCCCGACACCCUGCACAUGAUCCCCAGGUGUUUGUUGGUAGGUCAUACCGCCCCCGUUCUGUGCAUCUCGCGCGCCUCCAUAAUUCAAGACAACAACUAUAUUGUGUCCAGUUCUGAGGCGGGUGAGAUGUGUACCUGGGAUUUGGUUGACGGGAAAUGCCGAGAAGCUGUCAAGUUGCCCCAGGUUCAUACCAAUAUGCAGGCAUAUCAUAUGUGCAACUGUGAAGACGUUAGAUUAUUCUGUAAUGGUUACUAUCCAGAAAUUCUUGUAAUGGAUCCCUUUAGUUUAGAAAUACUAUUUAUGCUGUCUUCAAAACAGAAUCCUGACUGGAUAAGUGCUCUUCAUGUUUUGAGACCAGCAAAACGCAAAGACGAUGUUGUAUUGGCUCUAACCACCACAGGGAUGGUGAAGGUGUGGACGCUCUUAGGACACGAAAACAAGCAUUUAGAGCCGAUAUACGAGAAUGAGAGCAAGCAGAUCAGGACCUUGAAUGCCGUAUGUCUUCAGUGCUGCAGUUACAAUCAGAGGACCGUUCUAGUCGUUUGUACCAAAUAUUGGCAGAUAUAUGAUGCAGGAGAUUUCAGUGUAUUGUGCUCUUACUUGGCUCCUAGAGGAGAAAGGUGGAUGUCUGGAGAUUUCCUAGCUAUCGACAGAAUCAUCAUGUGGUCUGAUGCUGGGAAAGGAUACCUCUACAAGCUGCCGGCUAACAAGCUGCGUGGCAAGAAUAUUAGUAAUAGCAGUACACCUGACAACAAGGACUUCCAUACACAAAGCAUAGAAAGUGACAGCCCAUUUUUGUACUGUUUACUGAAUCAACCAGAUAGCAAGCCUCUAUCAUGCCCUCCUGCAAUGAGUUUUAUAACGACAAACAGAGCGAAUGCCAAGAACAAAUCUCGUUAUCUGAUCAGAGGCGAUUCGGAAGGCAUAGUGUUAGCCUGGAGUAUUCCGGAAAUAUCUCCAGCGCAGCUGGAUGAGAUCCAAAAACAGAAACCUCCUCAACCAGUAGUGAUGACCGCCACCUUGAUGACUAGCUUAACUGAAGCAUGGGCCAGUAUGAAGCCAAAUCCUGUUGGGAUUUUGGAUCAAAUUGAGAAGCAAGAAGGUCAACAAAUUAAAUUAACAGCCAGUAUUUAUCUGCCUCUUCAAAGUAAGUUUGUGGUAGGCAGAGAAGAUGGUACCAUUAUCAUAGUUCCUGCUACACAGACUAUCAUGUUACAACUACUUCAUGGAAAUCAUCAGCAAUACAACGGUUGGCCAAAGCACCAAAUACUAUCAGGUCACAAUGGCCGAGUAAACAGUUUGCUGUAUCCCCAUAGAGAGCAUGCAAGGUACGACAAGAACCACCUAGUGUCUGGUGGUGUGGACUUUGCUGUUUGCCUCUGGGAUUUAUAUGCUGGUACUCUACUUCAUAGGUUUUGUGUUCACGCUGGAGAAAUCACUCAACUAUUGGUGCCUCCGAAUAAUUGCAGUGCUAGAGUACAGAAAUGUGUUUGUUCAGUAGCGUCGGACCAUUCCGUAACGUUGCUGAGCUUGGCAGAAAGGAAGUGCGUAUGCCUCGCAUCGAGGCACCUGUUUCCGGUGACGACAAUAAAGUGGCGGCCUAACGACGAUUUCAUGAUCAUCGGUUGUUCAGAUGGCACAGUGUACGUAUGGCAGAUGGAGACCGGGCAUUUGGAUAGAGUUUUACAAGGUAUUGCGGCAGAAGAAGUUUUAUAUGCCUGUGAGGAACAUGAGGCUGCUGAUGGUACAUCUGAAGUGGGUCUGGCAAAUCCAGCCGUUCAUUUCUUCAGGGGUUUGCGGCAUAGAAAUCUUUCAGCAAUAAGACACGCCACUCAAAGAGGACUGCAUCAACUGCAUAUGCUGGGAGCUCAUACAAACAAUGAUGAUCCCCAUAUGCAGAGGAACCAUAAUUCCCCUCUUGCGAUACAAGGAUUGAGGACAAAUCCAAAAGACCCUGAAAGCCACAUUCUGUUCUUUGAUGUGGAAGCACUGAUAAUAGAACUGUUAAGUGAGGAAUAUGACAUGAUGUCACCAGGCAGUCUUGAGGCUGCGGGUCUCAUAUCACAAUCUGAGUACUCUAGGGUUGCUAACCUUACUCAGAGCGCGAGUCCUGAUGCUCAUAAAAAGAUCGUAGACUUUUUCGGAAAAAUGAAAAAUAAGGCUGAAAAUAUGGAAAUGAUUAUUAAGGAAAAAGACAAACAUGGUAUACUUGCAAAGAUGAAAGAGGGAGCUGAAUCGGCAUUUGCAAAAGCGGAAAGUGUGCUUAAACAAGGGGGUGAUCAUAACAAAGAUGUGAAUGAUAAUAACUCGAAAUCCGGUAAACCAAAUUCGCUGGGUCCGUUGGAAACUAGUCAUGGCAUGGAGAUCGCACAACUGUUGCUAUCUCUUUUGCAUUCGUGGGGUUUGGACAACGACUUGGACAGGGUGUGUCAAGUGAAGUUAGGACUGCUCAGACCUAUGGUUCCAAUAUCGUAUGGAGUUCUGUCUAAAGCGAAUCACAUGUCCCUAUUCCUACCAACUUGGCAUAACACGAUACCAGUUGAUGAUGAACCUCUUCCAACUGACCUAUCUCUAACCAAAGGAUUACCUGCUGAACUGAUCAGACAGGAACAGAUAACUAGGAUAUUCACAUCGAGAACCCAUUGGGAAUUGAGUACAACACUUUCAACAAACCAUUUAUUGGCCAUCAUAGCUCUGAGUCACACGUUGAUGAGCAUGAGUAAUGCUACGUUUGUACCUGAACAAGAACGGAACAGGAAAUUGCAUAGACGUUCUACAACAGUGAAUUGGACGAAAACGGACGAGGAGCACGAAGAAAUGUACACUCAGCAACAAGCUCAAAUCAAGCAGGGCUGGUCCUUGUUAGCAACUCUCCAUUGCGUUUUGCUUCCAGACAAAGUUGUGGAAAGAGGUUCUAAGAACUUCAAGCGACCUCAGGUGGAAAUGAUGGCGAAAAGAUGGCAACAUCAUUGUGUUGAGGUUAGAGAGGCAGCACAGACAUUAUUAUUGGCUGAAUUGUCCAGGAUGGGCCCUAAGGGCAGGAAGCAAUUAGUCGAAGCCUGGUCACAGUAUUUACCAUUGUAUACUCAAACAGAACCUUUGAAUCAUCAAGCGGCCACAGUUUCUCCAACAGAAAAAACUAACGGCAAUGGCACUCAGUCACCCCAUUCUCCCGAUCCUACGGAUGAGGAAUUCGAAGAAGAGGAAGAAGAGCAAAUAAGAAAGCCAUCAAGUUUAUCGGAAUUGAAGAGGAAACAGUCAACAGCUGUUAUUUUGUUAGGUGUAAUUGGUGCCGAAUUUGGUCAGGACAUCACUGGGGGUGAUAACUUGAAACGGAGAGCGAGUGAAGAUAGGCGAAAAAGCUCUGUUGUGGAAGGUUUUGGUGCAGGUAAUAAUAAUCUCGCAAGACUGACAGCAAUGGCGCUGUCUCAUUUGUUGUUAGCUCCUCCUUCCCCUAAGCUGCCUGCCCACAUUCCACUUAGAAGAGCCGCAAUUGAUCUUAUAGGGAGAGGCUUCACCAUUUGGGCACCUUUCUUAGAUAUAAGCAAAGUGCUUUUAGGUCUUUUGGAAUUAUGUGCAGACGCAGAUAGGUUGGUUCCAAGUAUGACAUAUGGUCUACCAUUGACACCGCAAGCUGAUUCGUGUCGGACAGCCAGGCAUGCUUUAACGCUUAUAGCUACAGCUAGACCAGCUGCAUUCAUCACAACCAUGGCAAAAGAAGUUGCCAGGUAUAACGCGAUGCAACAGAAUGCGCAAACUCUGAAUAUAAACAUGAGUAACAAUGUUUUGCAUAAGGCUAAACCCGAGAUAUUGCGAGUAGUGGAAUUGUUGAUAGAAAAAAUGCAGAAUGAGAUGGCGGAUCUGUUAGUUGAGCUAAUGGACAUCAUUCUGCACUGUCUGGAUCCUAGUCAGUUAAAGAAUAAGAGUUUGAGUGAAGUAUUUCCUGCUGUGUGCAGGUUUAACCAAGUUUCACACUGUCCUGCCACCAGAAGAAUAGCUGUUGGCUCACAUACGGGAAAUUUGACGAUAUACGAGCUGCGGCAAGGUAAACAAACAACUAUGCACGCGCAUUCUCAAGCUGUGACAGCUUUGGCCUUCAGUCCAGAUGGGAAAUUUUUAGUCAGUUAUUCUUGUGGCGAGAAUAAGCUCAGUUUCUGGCAAACAAGUACAGGUAUGUUCGGUUUGGGCCAAUCACAAACGAAGAACAUCAAGUCGUACAGUACAGCACCGAUUGCAGAUGUCGCGAGACUGAACCCCAUGAGAUUGGCGAGACUCGUUUGGAUGAAUAACAGGACGGUUUCGUUAAUGUUGGCUGAUGGCUCUGAGACCAGGUUCAACGUCUAAGCCAUCAAGGGAACAUGUGGUUUUAAUUUUGUGUAAUUCGGUUAUGAAAUGCCGGAAGGGAGAACAAAUGUUGUACUUUCUGACACUAUCAGUCUAAAUGAGAGGAAACAUAAAGCCUAGAGUAUAUACAAUAUAGGUACAUCUUGGAGUAGGGAGAUAUUACGGCUGAGAGAUGUAGCGCGUAUGCUAUUUUGAUCGGGCGUAAAUUGAAAUAUCUAUGAGGUGAGAUAACAUGUCAGUUCAUAGGCUAGUCGAUUAAAGGGGACACGAAAACGUGGAAAUAAAUCGAAUUAGACUCGUUUGUACCCUCUAGGAUGAAAAUCACGAAUAAAUUAUGACAGGUUUUAUGGGUCUCAAUUUGCGUCUUACCUUAUUUUGAUUGAGGACCUAAUGAAAGAAUCAAAUAAGACGUCAUUGUGUGUCAGAAAUACAAUAUCUAUCAUUCUACUCUGCAUAUUUAGUUUUUAUAGUACAAUUGAGAAUGUAAUAUCAAGAGAAAAACAUCAAAGACCAGAAGAAUAGGGCUUUUCAAUAUCCUGUCACUAACUAAGCUACAGUCAUAUUAUAGGCAUUUUCAAUUGUCAGUCAUCGAAAAGGCUUAUAAUAUAGCUGCUAAACCUUCUGGCGGCGCGUUGGCCCUAUGGAAUGCACAGAACGAUUCGUUGUCUUUUUAUUAAGUAACCUUAUAGUCAUAGUGAAAACCAGUCCGCUAUCACAACACUGAUUUAAUUGGCCUAGAGUGAUGCAUUUUUAAUAUUUGAUCAACAAAAGACUGAGUUUAAAAAACGAACAAACUUCCUUUAAUUGCCACUAAUGUUUGAUUAUCUUACAUUGCAAUAUACCAUCCACCUUAUAAGGUGACAGCAACACAAAUAAAAAUUAGCCAUAUAGAGUACAGCAACAGUUUUGCAAAGUUACAAUGAUAAUACAGUUUUGUGAUAAUAGUAUUUUCCACGUACUCACAAGCGAUGUUUUUGGUGUGUAGAAAUAUGAGAGGUUUCCAAAAUAACAGCCGUAUAUAUGAUUAUACUCGUAACUUUGUGUUGUAUCUCCAUACUAUUAUUACAUACUGUUUAUGCAAACAAGAAAACAGUUUCAAAAGGCUGAUGUACACAUGCAGGUCUUAGGUGUUUUCCUGUUUGAAAUCACAUUUUGUGAAGGCCUUUCAAUAUCCAUCAAUUUUAAAGCACUCUUAAUUAAUAUCAUAAAUCCAACGAUAUGUUAUUACGUUUUCGUUAUACUUCCUUUCUUUCUUAGUUUUUCGUUGCCAUCCAUUUUUCAAACAAUUGUGACAUGGCGGAAUAACUCAUUUUUCGUUAAAUUUUUAAAUAGAGCAAAAUAGUCGCUUAAUUUUGGAAACGUUCCUCAUUAAUACCUUUGCUUAUUGAUUCAAAAAAAUGACUCAACCGCUGCAGGUAUCAAAGAGAAUCAGAACGACAAUAAUGAGAAAAUGAUAGGAACGACAAAAGAUUUAGCUUGAUAUCAUUCUCAGUAUAGCCGCAGCCAUGCUAUUGCUGGGAUAUCGCAUAUUAUGAAUUAUAAUAGCCUUACCCGUACAUAUGUGCCUACGUCGUGCAUAGUUCUAAUUCAUGGAGCCAAAGAAUAUUUAGGAAAUAUUCAUCGAAUACAAAUUUGAUUGCCUCUGUUCAAAAGGAUUUACAGUCAUUGUGCUCAUCAGAACCUAGCGCUAAUCUCUAACAUUGAUAUCACAAUUAACAUUAUGUUCUGAUUUGAUGACCUACUUAUACAAUUUCUAUUAUCAAAAUAAUAAAAACGAUAUUCUUCUUCGAUUUUAUACCUAUACUUAUUCAAUUAACAAUUGAAUAUUUCCAGAUUUCUCUGUCCUCCAUGAAAGAACGUUUGAGUUAAAUGUUGGAAGUAUCCCACUUGCGUAUAUAAAUAUUAAAGUAGUGAUAGACGUGUUGAUACUAAAAGUUUCUUAUCAGCAUUCUGCACCGAUUAUGAUUUAUUUUUAAGAAUUCCCGAUAAUCUACAAUUCAGUAUUCGUUUUCUUUCAUUUUGCUGGUAGGAAACAUUUAUAUAAAUGAGAGCAUUUAUAACGUUUAUUAUAAAAAAACUGUUAAAUAUAUAAUGAACGUUGAUUAGAAUAAAUACAGCAGGCAUGUACGAUAUUUUAUGUAAAGUAUUCGGAUAUAAAAUGAUAAUACAAUCUACAGCUAGUUUUUGUAUUUUUCUUUAGACAAAGUGAUAAUCUUGCACUAUACUAUGAUAUAAACAUAUUUCACCGAUAUUUUUCAUUUUUCAUACUGUUUAUGAAAUUUUGUAAAUAGAUGUUAUUUAUUUAUAAUUUUAUUUGUAAAAUAUUUGCCGAAGACAUUUUAUUGCAUAUAUUUUGUAGUGUAUAUCAAAGAUUGUAAAAUUAUUUUGUUUUAUUUUUUGUUAUUGUGAUUUAAAACUUAUAUAGGAGGUCACAGUGAAUAUGAUGAGCCAAUUUAUAAAUGUUUCUAAAUCCUCUACUUUCUAACUUUUUCAGUUAUUCAUUAUAUUCAUAUUUAUUUAUUGUGACUUCUACUUGUAUUUUUUUCGAUGUUUCGUUCAUCAAUUGUUGAUUGUUAAAAAUUAAUGAACAUAUUCAAACCUAUAUAUCUGCUAAUGAUCUUCGAAUUUUGAUGUGAAUAUUUAUCGUACCCCAUAUUUUGACCUUGCAUUUUAAGGUCCCUAACUUUAAAUGUGAUUAAUCUCUUGUGAAGUGAUUCUAACAAUUUUUUGUACAGGAAAACAUGAUGUUCUAUACUGUACGAGAUAUUGUUGAAAAAGUAUGUAUUUACUUGUCUCCGAUUGGUCAAAAAUUCUUAUAGAACAGACAACGUGGACUCUAUUCAAGAUGGAGCAUCUUCCUUUUAUACAUUCGUCUUAAUACCCAUAUUAUAAAUUUUGCUGGGUGAUAUAGACUUGUUACACAGCCUGUUAAAAAUAUUUUAUCUUUUAGUACGUUUUGUAAGUAUUCUACUUGAAAACAUAUUUCCUGAAAAUGUGUCAUAGUAGGACCUAUAUCAGGCUUCAAAAAUGUGAUAUAAAUUUUUUUACCUCUCGGAGAUAACUUUAAAUGUCUUUCCUCUUUCACGAAAUUCUAUUAUAAUAGUUAAAAAUCAUGAUGUCCACACUUUGUUGUUUAGGGUAUGUUGAACUUGCUUUCUAUACUUUCUCAUAUAUUUUUAGUUUCAUCCAUAUAUUUUAUUUAUUAGCAUUGCUAUUUGCGAAUUCUGUAACGAGUUCUAGUUGAAAUGUAAAUAGCGAUUAACAUCUCACAAACAGUUCGCAUACCCUACCACUUUUUCCAUUAAAUAUGCAAGUUAUCCAAGUUCCCAGUAUGCUGUUGAGAGAUAUAAAUUGGUGGUGUUUUGAGCGUGUAACUCAAUAGCGCAAUUGAUAUUAUGAAGUCAAAACUCCGCCAUUGCUAGAACGCUUACAAUGUUAUACGCAAAAUGCGUUAGAAAGAUCAAGUGUGAAAAUGAAUUUUGUUUUAGGAGUAAUGUCCUAAAACAAACUUCCAACAUUAAAAUGUUAAUGUUGGAUAUAGAUAUAAAUGAGUUGGUUUUGUGAGGUUUGUAAGUUUAGUUGUCAUGUAGAGUUUAAACUCCUCUGAGUUCAAAAUAUAUAGUGCUUUUUAAAAAGCACCUCAUUUUUUGAACGCGUCAAUCUGAAAAGCUGAGUGACGAAACUGAUUGUUUUAACGUUGAAGCUACAUUUGAAAUUUUCAAAAUAGCGGCUGUGCACUGCGUUGGAACAAUUUUUAAUGGAAUGGGUCAUAUGAUGCCGCAUAUUGAAGAACCUUAGCAGUGCUACUAAUCCUCAGCACUCCAUAGUAUGCUAAAAUGUAAUAUUAAUGCGACCGUUUCAUCACUCCGAAAUUCAGCUUACUAAGUUGACUCGUUAAAAAAAUAAUUAGGGGGACCUUUUUGAAAAGCGCUAUAUAGAAAAAGCAGAAAAACCAAUAUUGAAAUUGCAACCUAGGUAAAUUUUUACUUUCAAUGGGUAAAAUAGUUGCAGUCAUUAGAGUUUUUGGGAGCAGAUACAAUUCUGAAUCAUGCCAAGUUCAGUAAGCUGUUUGAAUAGCUGCACCCAGUCUUUGACACAAAAUAAGUAACAAACUCGGGUUAAGCUUGUGAAUCUCCCUAACCAGGUGAAUUAUUGUGUUAUGUAUAUAAACCUAUGAUAAUGUCUAGCAAUAUAUCAAUGUUUUUAUGUACAUGUGUACAUGGAGGUCAAAUUAGUCAAAUAUAUAAUUAUCUAAA